ACUGGACCUAUAAGGAAAUUGAGAUUUUGACCAAAGAAAACACCUUUGGAAAGAGGAAAUUUUUACAGUGAAUCUCUAUCGUUUCAUUAUGAGCUCCAUGAAGACAAUUGCUACACAUAAUGGCGCGUUCCAUGCUGACGAAGCUCUUGCUGUGUAUAUGCUUCGUAAUUUAGACACUUACCGUGAUGCUAAAGUAGUUCGCUCUCGUGACCCCCAGCUGUUAGAUAGCUGCGAUAUCGUCGUUGAUGUCGGUGGAAAAUAUGAUGGUGUCAAGUAUUUUGACCAUCAUCAACGUGAAUUCAGUGACACUUUAUCUUCCAAGUACAAAACCCGUCUUUCCAGUGCUGGCUUAGUAUACAAACACUUUGGCAAAGAAGUAAUCAAGUCGGUCUUGGUGGGUAAGCAAAUAUCUCAAGAAGACUUGGAAAUUUUGUACGAAAAAAUAUAUACCUCUUUUAUUGAGGGUUUAGACGCAAAUGACAAUGGUAUUUCGCCAUUCCCGGCUGACUUGACUCCCACAUUCAAAGCUGCCAUGAGUCUUCCAGAAAUGGUUUCCACUUACAUUCCUUCUUGGAAUUCUGAAAAACAAGACGAGGAGACAUUUUUGGAAUGUUUCAAUAAGGCUUCCGAGUUCAUCGGCAGCUGGUUUGUUCGUACUGUAAACAAUUAUGCUUCUUCUUGGUUACCCGCAAAAACGUUGGCUCGUGAAGCUGUUCUCCGGGCAAAGGACUCUCCUAUCUUGAUUAUGGAUAAAUUUUUUCCUUGGAAGAGUCAUCUUUACGAUAUUGAGAAAGAACUCAACAUUGAGGGACAAUUCAAGUAUGCUAUUUAUUCAGAUGGAAAGGGUUGGCGUGUGCAAGCCGUCGCUAUUGACCCUACUUCAUUUACUUCUCGUCUAGCUCUUCCCGAACCCUGGAGAGGAGUCCGUGAUGAGAAACUUUCUGAAUUGACCGGAAUUCCCAACUGUGUUUUUGUUCACGCAUCGGGUUUCAUUGGUGGAAAUGGUACUUAUGAGGGAGCUUUGGAAAUGGCUAAACGUGCUUUGACUUUUUAAUUUGUCGAUAUAAAAUACGGUAUCCUCGAGUAAGUUUACUAAUAAUAUCGGUUUGGUUUUGGAACAAUUACAUUAUAGUUGUCACCUUAAUAGUGGUAAAAUUAU